AUACUGCAUUAUUAUCACCUUAUUAAGCUUAUUUUAUUGUCCAAAAAAAAAAAAAAAUUAAAAAUUCUGAAUUUAUUUUUGAAUAGUGAUCGUAUUAUAUUUCAACUUGAAUUUCUCAAUUCUCUAUAAAUGCCUUACAAACUUGAAUAAGAGAGAGAAACAAAAGAGAUAAGGGGCAAUUAUAUCAUGACUAAGCUCUGUGUUGUCCCUUUUACUCUUUUGCUGCUCUUUGUAAGCUGUAGUGCUCGGCCUAUAUAUCAGCUUCCAAGCAAAGAACAUAAAGGUAGCAAGCAGCCCUUGCAAACUUCACGUCCGUAUAACGUUGCACAUCGAGGUUCUAAUGGAGAAUUUCCUGAAGAAACUUCUGCUGCAUAUCUGAGAGCUAUAGAAGAAGGUGCAGAUUUCAUAGAAACAGACAUCAUAGCCACAAAGGAUGGUGUGCUAAUAUGUCAUCACGAUGUUAAUCUUGAUGUGACUACCGAUAUUGCUGACCACAAGGAGUUUGCUGAUCGCAAAAGAACAUAUGAGGUUGAAGGAGGCAACAUCACUGGAUUCUUCACCGUUGAUUUCACAUGGAAGGAACUACAAACUUUGAGAACUAAGCAAAGAUAUUCGUUCAGAGAUCAGCAAUAUAAUGGAAAAUUCCCUAUCAUUACUUUUGAAGAGUACAUAUCUAUUGCUCUUGAUGCUCCUAGAGUUGUUGGGAUAUAUCCAGAGAUGAAAAGCCCCGUGUUUAUCAAUGAGCAUGUGAAGUGGCCUAAUGGCAAGAUUUUUGAGGAUGUGUUUGUGGAGACCCUGAAGAAGUAUGGUUACAAAGGUUCAUAUUUGUCAAAAGAUUGGCUAAAACAGCCUUGUUUUAUCCAAUCAUUUGCUCCAAGUUCGAUUGUGCAUGUAUCGAAUCAAACAGAUCUGCCCAAAAUCUUCUUGAUCGAUGAUGUAACUGUGUUAACUCAAGAUACCAACCAGACUUAUUCGGAAAUCACUUCAGAUGCUUAUUUGGACUACAUCAAAUCAUAUGUUGUUGGUAUUGGACCUUGGAAAGAUACAUUGGUUCCAGUGGUAAAUAAUUAUAUCCAAGCACCUUCGGAUUUAGUUGCCAGAGCACACGCUCGUGACUUGCAGGUACAUCCUUACACCUACAGGAACGAGAACCAAUUUCUGCACUUCGAAUUCCAUCAAGAUCCAUACAUCGAAUAUGAUUUCUGGAUAAACAAGAUAGGAGUCGAUGGCCUAUUCACCGACUUCACUGGCAGCCUUCACAACUUCCAGGAAUGGACCUCUCCUCUCUCCAUUAGUGAUAAUAUUGAUGGCUACUCCGCGUACUUGUUGCAUAAGAUUGCCAAUAUGUUGCAAAAGUAUAAAUGAUUUUAUUCACCAUCCAUUCUUUUGAUGUCGACUAGUAUACAAUUAGGAAGAGAGUUGUAACAGUUUCAUGAUGUUAAAUUCUUCCACUAUUGAGUUUUCAUCAAAAAAAGUUGUGUUGUGUUUGCAAAAAUUUAGUACUCCGUAUAUGAUUUUUGAUUAAAUAAAUAAAUAAUAAAAGGGCUCCAUACUUUGAUACA